AUGGUCAUACUUCUUUCCAACAUUAAGAGACAGUUUAACAGAUGCGUGAAGGGUCCAGAUGGAGGAACCAAAAAAGACCUUUUCGGGGUAUCUGGUCCCCGCCCUCCGCCUCGCUGCAGCCCUUCUCCUUUAGCUCCACGUUCACUCACCACCGUGAGCGUGCAGGUCUCCAGAUCCUACAAGGAGGGCACCUUCCUGUUCACCUCGGAGUCCGUGGGGGAAGGACACCCAGAUGAGAUUUGUGACCAGAUCAGUGAUGCUGUUCUUUAUGCCCACCUUCAGUAGGAUCCUGACGCCAAAGUGGCUUGUGAAACUGUUAUUAUUAACACUGGACUUGUUAUUCUUGCUGGGAAAAUUACAUCCAGAGCUGCCAUUGACUACCAGAAAGUAGUUCGUGAUACCAUCAAGCACAUUGGCUAUGAUGAUUCUUCCAAAGGAUUUGACUACAAGGCUUGUGCUGUUCAGGUGGCUUUGGAACAACAGUCACCAGACAUUGCUCAAGGGGGUCACCUUGACCUGAAUGAGAAGGAGGUUGGUGCAGGAGACUACCAGGGCAUGGUGUUUGGUUAUGCCGCUGAUGAAACUGAAGAAUGUAUGCCUUUAACCCUUGUCUUAGCCCACCAGCUCAAUACCAAACUUGCUGAACUAUGUCGCAAUGGCACCUUACCUUGGUUAUGCCCAGAUUCUAAAACUCAAGUGGCUGUGCAGUACAUGAAGGAUCGAGGUGCUGUGCUGCCCAUCAGAAUCCACGAAAUUGUUAUGUCUGUUCAGCAUGAUGAAGAUGUUUCUCUGGAUGAGAUGAGGGAGGCCCUGAAGGAGAAAGUCAUUAAAGUCGUUGUUCCUGCAAAGUAUCUUGAUGAGGACACAAUCUACCACAUACAGCCUAGUGGCAGAUUUGUAAUUGGGGGUCCUCAGGCUAGUACUGGUUUGAGUGGCCAGAAGAUAAUUUUGGACACUUAUGGAGGCUGGGGAGCUCAUGGAGGAGGUGCCUUUUCAGGAAAGGAUUGUACCAAGGUGGACCGCUCAGCUGCUUAUGCUGCCCGUUGGGUGGCAAAAUCCCUCAUUGAAAGAGAUCUACUGUGCAGAAGGGUGCUUGUGCAGGUCAAUGACGCUAUUGGAGUUUCUCACCCAUUAUCAAUUUCCAUUUUCCAUUAUGGCACCUCUGAGAAGAGAGAGCAAGAGCUAGUAGAUAUUGUGAAGAAGAAUUUUGACCUCCGCCCUGAAGUCAUUGUCAGGGAUCUGGAUCUGAAGAAGCCAGUUUAUCAGAGGACUGCUGCCUAUGGCCACUUUGGCAGGGAAGACUUCCCCUGGGAAGUGCCCCAAAAGUUUAAAUAUUAA